AUGGCCUUAGCUAUCUCACACGAAGACACUCAGAUCUUGUUGAAGGACAAGAAUGUCUUACAAGAAUCUGUUUUGGAUAAAUACAGAACUGCAGGUCAAGUUUCACAAACUGCUUUGAAAUUUGUCACACAAUUGAUUAAUGAUUCUUAUCAUUACAAAACUACUGAUAACGCAUUGACUAUUCCAGAAUUGUGUUUGCUUGCUGAUUCCUUUAUGUUAAAUCGUUUGGAACAGUACUAUAAGAAUAAAGUUAAUGAAAGAGGUAUUGCGGUUCCAACAUGUAUCGAUGUUGACCAUGUCAGUAACGGCUGGUGCCCAGAAAUUGAUGAUGUUCAAAACAUUCAACACUGGAAUAAGAACACUGAUGACCCUGCUUUGCAAUCUACUAUUACUGGUAUUUUGAGACCUGGUGAUUUAGUUAAAAUUACUUUAGGUGUUCAUAUUGAUGGUUACACUUCUCAAGUUUCCCACACUAUGGUCAUUUUUCCUGUCGAUGAAUCUAAUGGUUCAAAGCCUACCGGUCCUCUGUUAGGUGGUAAAGCUGAUGCAAUUGCUGCUGCUCAUAUUGCUGUCGAAACAGUAAACUCUUUACUAUGUUGUGCUUUGACUCCAGAAAAAUUACCACCUUCCUUGGGUUUUGGUCAAAGUAUCAAUGGUCAACUAUUGAGAUUGGUAGUUGAUACAAUUGCACGCUCUUACAACUGUUGCGUUGUACCAGGUUCCAGGAUUCGUCGUGUUAGAAGAUUCUUAGCUGGUCAAAAUGAAGGUGUCGUUGCUGAAAGAGAAUAUAAAGGUGUUGUAUGGACUGAAUCUCAUCAAGAAUCACAAUUGUUAUCAAUGGCAGACUCAGUAAAAGAUUUGACAAUUGUUGAACGUGGUCAUUCAUCUUUGACUAAUGCUACUGCUGUCCCAACUGAUGAAUUCGUAGUACAAGGUGGUGAAGUGUACUUAGUCGAUAUUAAAAUGGCCUCUUUGGAAAAUUGUCCAAAGAAAGGUUUGGUUACCUUGGAAAAUGUCGAUUCCUUUACUGGUAAGCAUCAUAAACGUAACCAAUUGAUUGCCAGAUCUGGUUCAUAUGUUAGAGAUUUUGCUCACUCUCAUAUUUUGAAAUUAAGAACAUCAAGACAAUUGUUGUCUAAAAUCGAUAACCAAGGUGUAUAUCCAUUUAAAUUAUCUCACUUAUCUAACGAAUUUCCUAUUCACGAAUUGAAUGCUGAAAGUUCCAAGGACAUUAAAAAUGAAUUAAAAGCAUUCAGAUUGGGUAUGAGUGAAAUUUCAAACAACUAUCUAUGUGUUGAAACUCCAGUUCAAGUCGCUAAAUGGGUACCAUGGGAUCAUAUUUUAAAUGUCACUAAUCCUAACGGAAAUCUAAGUUUCGAUGCAAGUGAAACUUUGACUUUACCGGGCCAUGAAUUACCAUUACCAAAAUUAGGUGUAUCUGCAUUGAAAUUGAAGUCUAUAAUGAAUUCUACUAAUGAAGCAGUAUACAUUCCAGUCGCUCGUGAAUCAAACACUGUAGUACUUUGCGCCGGUGAUGUAAGUGCUAGUGGUAAGCCUGAAUUGUUAAAGUUAACUGGUGGUUCUAAAACAUGUUCUCCAAGUUGGAUUCAUUCUAAAUAUGAAUUGAACAAUGAAGAUUCUCUUGUUCAAGGUAUUUUUGAACUGGCGACUUUGGCUAAGGAUAAGAGAUUUGGUUUAUUAUUAAGAGAAACGCAGCCAAUGAAAGAGUCCGGUGAAUCCUUACAAUCUAAUUCAGAUGCCAUGCAAUUAUAA